AACCUUUAAAAAAAGCACUGCGACGACGAGGCCUCUCAGAUUCGCUCCCUCCCCCACGACUGUAUCCGGCGACACCUCCAAAUGGCUCGAAGCAUUCUCGCUCUCAGUCCCCCGUCGCAUUUCAACAAAUACCCUGCUGCUGCUGCGACCUUCUUCCCCUCGCGCCCCUCUUCCUCCCGUACUCGUGCUCUUGCUCUCGCUGGAAGCCUUCGCGGCGGUAGUAGAAGGCGGGAGAGAGAGCUGGUGGUGAGGGCUGGGCCUCCGAGCACCAACAGCCUCAUCCUCGCCUUCGUCCUCCCUUUCUCCCUCAUCGCCGGCACCAUCUUCACCUCCAUCAGGAUCGCCGAUAGGCUUGAUGAGAAGUACCUUGAGGAGCUUGCAAAGAACCAAGCAAUAGUGGAAGAGAACGAAGCAGCAGCUGCAGCUGCUGCAGAAGAUGAUGGAAAGGAAGCACAAGUAGUGGAAAGGGCAAUACCAGCAGCAGCAGGGGUUGAUGGCGAUGGCAAAAUCUUGCUACAAAAAGAGGAGGAAGUGGCUGCUGUUCCACGAGCUCGCAACCGUCCCAGACGGGGAGCGUAAACAGAGGCUAAAUCUUUCCGCGUCUCCGUGCUUGCUGUAAUAUGUUUGGAAAUAGUACCAUAUACCUUUAUGCUGUUUCAGAAGAAUCAUGUUUGCUGUAUGGGUAAAAUUUGUCAAACUUGAUUCUGUAUAAAUAACAUGACACAUCUGAAGAGAAAAAUCGAUACUAUAUCAUUUAAAACAAUCAAAGCCAGCAUUUAUAAUGAUAAAUGCCAUCUUUUGAAUAAA